UGGAUGAACAUCAGGGUCAAGUAUUGGGUUUAGGUCAAUACUUAGCAGAAAAAUUUCCAAUAUUUAAUGCAACUGAACAUUCAGAAAGAAUUUAUAAAUUAUGUACAGUGCAUUUUAAAAGAGCGAGUGAAUUUGAUCGAUUUCAAUGGAGUUCUGCCCAUACAUAUGAAAAAACAAAUAUUUCUGAUUCCUAUCGGGACAAAUCGUCUUUACAAAGAAGUGUUGAGGCGACUAAAAAAAGCCAAAAGCGUACAAAUAAAAAUUCAAAUAGUCAAAAGUCUUCUAAAAAGACUCGGCUUACCAAAAAUAGCACGGGAAUCUCACGUGAAUGUUCUGAAUU